GUAUAUAAGAAAAUCGAAAACACAUUUUGUGUUGGGAGAAACAAAUUUUCAUUUUUGGGGUCUUUCGUUAAGGAAAAUCAAACACAACAUUUAGUAACGUGCGCUCUGGCAAACGGUGAAUAACGGAAAUUUUCAAUAUUCGAAGAUAAACGGUGAUCGGCGACUAUGAAACGAAAACAACGAGCAAGAAUAAACCGUUAAACAAACACAACAAAAAAAAGCAAUUACGGCGUGAGUGCGACUUAUACAUUUCUGAAAUUUUCCGUUAAAUCAUUAUUGUCCCCUCUAAACCAACUAACUGAUGGUCAAUACAGAGAAUGUCAAGCAACACGAAAACCAAAUAUAAUUUAUCAAAUUCGAGAGGUCAUCAUAAAACACCUCUGAAACCAUUUACAAAAUAUCGAAGAAGAUUUAAAUAACACAAACUCUCUAAAUCUGUGUAUAAACAACCAACCAACAAAACCCGUUAAGGAUACCAGGAGCGUAAAAAAUGUCCACACCUCGUAAUUCAUUUCGUCGCAAAGAGAAACCUCCCUUUCAACGUUUCAAGGAUCAUUUUCGUAAAUUUACGGCGUUUAUGUUCAGUAAUGUUGGCAUUAUAUUGCUGGUAAUAUUGUAUACAAUUGGUGGUGCCUUUAUAUUCCAGGCGAUCGAAAUUUUCGAAUACGAAGUCAACAAAGAUGUUGUACCCGAAAAGUACGGUCUACUAACACGAAAUUUCACAGCCGAGUGUUUGGAGCGCAUAUGGCAUGAGACGGCGGAGAAUAUAGGAUUUUAUGAUGCCCAAUCGUAUAAGAGAAGAGUUAAUGAAAUUUUAUUAGAGUUUCAAAGAUCGGUAGUACACAAUCAUUUAGUGGGUCAAGACAUUAACAAACAAUGGAGCUUUUCGGGAGCAUUUUUAUAUUCUCUAACCGUUAUAACGACCAUAGGAUACGGCAAUAUUUCGCCACGUUCCGAUUGGGGCAAAUUGGCUACAAUUGUUUAUGCCAUUAUAGGCAUGCCGCUGUUUCUUUUAUAUCUCUCUAAUAUUGGUGACGUUUUGGCUAAAUCGUUUAAAUGGAUUUAUUCGAAAGUUUGUCUUUGUCGCAUAUGUCCAGGAGUGGCAAGAAGACGAUUGAUAAGAGAACGUCGUAAAAUCAGACAAUUGAUGAUGAGCAAAGCUUUGGCCGACAUGGAAGAGUCUAGACGCAGUAAAUAUGAUUCCUGCACUAGCAGUAGCAAUACUUCAGACAGUGCCACCAGUUACUACAGCGAUGAGAGUGGUAGUUCAUCCACUUCGUCCAGAAGCCGGGACAAUGUUCGUGAAAUCAAUGGCAUAAAUGUUUUAGAUUUAUUUGAUGAUGAGGACGAUUCCGAUAUUGAACGUGAGAUAAGAGGUAGUACAGAUGAGAUAACUGUACCACUGACUGUGUGUGUCUUCAUAAUGAUAAGUUAUAUUUUAUGGGGUGCCCUGCUGUUUGGCCAAUGGGAAUCUUGGGGAUAUUUGGAUGGCAGUUAUUUCUGUUUUAUAUCCUUAAGCAGUAUUGGUUUUGGUGAUCUAGUGCCGGGCGAUCGUGUGAUAACUGCUGACAAAGACAAAGUAGAAGUGAGCUUUAUUUUGUGUGCCGUUUAUCUGCUACUGGGCAUGGCUUUGAUUGCUAUGUGUUUUAACUUAAUGCAGGUUGGUAUUUAUUUAAUAUGUUCCUUUUUUCUGGAGAUUUUCUCAACUAUUUUCCAAAUUUCAGGAACAAGUUAUUCACAAUAUACGAGCCUUUAAAAGAGCUUUUAAAGCCUGUUUCCGUUGCAAGAAAAGAUGAGUAAUAUUGGAGUGUACGAAUGUUGUUACUAUUCAUGCCACGCUAUGUGUUCCAGGGAGACGACUAAAAACGAGAGACAUUAAAGAUCGGUUUAAAGAUGGUCUUAUAAUUUUUAUGUAGUUUUUAAGUUAUUAGGAUACUAUAAUUUUAAUUUAUAUUUAAGACAAUCAAUUAAGUAGACAAAA